AUGGGGGUUGGCGGGGUCGCGGUUGUGGGCUACGAGGAGCUCGCGGCCGCGCUUGCUAAUGCGGUUCGGGUCUUGGAGAAGGAGGCGAAGGCGAUCGCGCUGGAAAGGGCGGCGCUGGUCGACACGCGUAACCAGGAGGCGUUGGUGCUGGGGCGAGUGGACGCGAGGUUGGGACAGCUGCAGUGGGUGGUGGCAGACUCCAUGGAAACCGCUCAGAAGAAGCUGACGGACGAGGUUGCGCGGAAGAUUGACAACAUGUCGACCGCGAUUUCCGCGACAGCAGAGCGGGCAAUCACAACCAGCGGGGUCACGAACGCGCUGCACACCCUCAUCGCGCUCAUUGGAGGAACCCCGCCGACGCGCACGGAUAAUGACGAACCAGCCGCGAAGGAGAUUGCCGAGCCCCGGGAUGCUGAGCAUGGAACGCGGGCAGCGGGUGCGAAGGCGGAGAAUCAGCGGGGGGCGAAGAGGCAGAGAGGUCCUCAGGCAGCGGCCACGGUGCGCACUCAGAGCGUGCAAGACAUGCUGAAGCAGAAGUGGGGCGCUGCAUCGCGAGGUGCAGCACCGCCUGGUCAACCGGGUUCGAGCUCGCGCUCCAUCCCACCUGAAGAAGCUGCACCCAAACCACCAGGCACUGCCAGGGCAACCGCGACAGUGACAACUACUGUGGGUAAGGGUAAGGGUAAGGCGGAGGAUGGAGAAGCAUUGUACUAA